AAUUGCAGGCAUAUUCUUGACAUACAUAUAUUUAGCAGUCAGGGUGUUGGGUCUCAUUUUAUGUAAAUAAUUUUAUCUGUCCCAUUUUAACAUAAUUUUAAUAAGACUUUAUCAACUUACAUCCACUAAAAAAAUUGUAACUUAGUUGAUUGUGUUAUGAAUUUCAACAUAUAUUAUUUUGUGAUUAUUCUAGCUUCAAUUCAAUUAACAAUCUACAAUGAAGUCUCUUCCCAAAAGAUAUCUAUUGUUGUUGAUUUCAAGGAAAAAUCUAAGGAUAGAUCAUUAAUGAUAGAUGCUCAAGAAUUUCUAUGGCAUGUUGCAGUUGUAAAAGAGGAAGAGACAGGCUUUAAUUUCGUCUGUAGUGGAACAAUCAUUCACAGCAGGUUUGUGAUCACUGCUGCCAACUGUGUGGCCGACACACUACCGAGUGAGCUUAAAGUAUUGGCAGGCCUGAAUGUGCUACACCAUUUCAUGGACACUAUAGACAGCCCUCAUAGCAUCUACAGUGUGUCUGAAAAGUUCUAUCCACACAAUUCUCAUCAGUUUGACACAAAUGAGUUUGCCGAGGAACAUGGCGUGGUUGUUUUGAAAUUAGAGAGGAACGUCGGUUACACGUCGCCUCAGCUGACAGCGAUACCGUCGACAGGCCAUCUGUCCACAGACUGCUUUGUCAUAGGCUGGGGUGUCCUCGAGGACAAUUCACAUCACCAAGAAAACAAAUGUUCCAAGCAAAGUAUGCAGAAUGUUGUCAACUCCAUUCUCCAGUUGCCAAGAAGAAUGUCACCACAGAUAAAGAGUUUGUUACAUAUCAGGAAUCGUUUUGGACUCAGUAGCAUGUUCAUUUUCAAGUUAAGCACAAUGUUUAAUGCAUUCUCUGAUUUAAUUCGUCAUGACAAUUCAAAAUUCAGAAAUUCCGAGGAGCUGACAUGUUCUGCAGACUACCACGCUCACCUGAAGGCAGUUGAGGUAACGGCCAGCCAUCACUACAAGUGUCUUUGCCCCACAGUUUCUCAACUCUGCCUCUACAGUAAAUACGGAGUUAAUCUCAUUAAUCAGAUCGACAUUGGUUCACCGAUAUUCUGCAAAGUUCAAAGGCCAAAAUUUGGAAGAAAGUGUAUCAGGGAACCUGUAAUAAAAAACAACUUUGGUUUGGCUGGCAUCAUUACUAGUAAGCACAUUCAGAUGGUUCCUCUACUGCAACAACAUUCUCAUAUUAGUAUAAUGAGAGCUAGUAACAUUACAAACUUCUCUGAUUUUAUUAUAGCCGUUCUUCAACGAGAGGGAUGAAUUACCAAAUAAUGAGUUUUAUUGUUUUAAAUGUUUUUACAGUACCAUAUCAAUUUACUGUUCAUGUUAUUGUUCUUUUUAAUAAAUAUAUAUUUUAAACUA